AUGAAGGUUGAGGUUAAAAAGGAAAAAGAAGAGACGUUUGUGAUGGGUGAUCAGCAGUCUACGGGGAAGAGUGAGUUGAUGGUGAGAACAGAAAACAAGAAGCGUUUUAUGGAUAUGAUUACAGACGGGAACCAGAAGAGGAAUUCCUCAGAGGGACAUCUUAAUUUUUCUCCAGAUUCCAAUGUAGAAGAUAAUACCAUUCCAGGAAAUUCUCCGAUAGUAAAUCCCACUACUCGGAAUAUUUCUCAGAGACCUCACCAGAGGUCAAUGAAUCCCUCUAAGGAGUCUUCUGAUAAAUCGCACACCAGGAAUUCAGAUAUUCAGUGGAGAUCUCACAAGAAAAGAUCAACAAACCCAUCGGACCCCAAGGAACGUUUAGAUAAUAAAGGAGAUCAUCUAUUGUCAUGUUUGGGGUGCGGGAAAUCUUUUAAGACGAAUUCUGAACUCCAUAAACAUCUCAGAUCUCACACCAGUGUGGCCUUGACGUGUUUGGAGUGCGGGAAAACUUUCACUGAGGAAAACAAACUGUUUGCACACCAGGGAUGUCACAUGAAAGAGCAGACUUUAGAUCCUUUCAUAUGUUGCCUGUGUGGGAUAUCUUUCACCGAAGAAGCAAACCUUGCUAGACACCAGAAAACUCACACGAAUGACCGUCCUUUAUCAUGUUCCAGAUGCGGGAAAUGCUUCGUGAAUAAAGCUGACCUUAUUAGACACCAGAAAGUUCACAUGGGGGAGCAUCCUUUAUCGUGUUCCGUGUGCGGGGCAUGUUUCACCGAGAAAGAUAACCUUAAUAGACAUCGGAAAAUUCACAUGGGUGUGCGUCCCUUUUCGUGUUCAGAGUGCGGUAAGACAUUCAUUCGGAAAGCACACCUCAUUCAGCAUCAUAGCUGUCACAAGGUCGAGUGUCCCUAUUUAUGUCUAGAGUGUGGGAAAUGCUUUGCUGAGAAAAGUGUGCUCCUAUCCCACCAGAGAAUUCACAUCGGCAUGCGUUUUCAUCAGUGUCCAGUCUGUGGGAUAUAUUUCACCGAGAAGAAAAGCCUUGUUUAUCACCAGAAGUUUCACAAGCAAGAGGGUCCUUUUUCAUGUUCAGAGUGCGGGAAAAGUUUUGCACGAAAAAGAUAUCUUACUAAGCAUCAGGGAAGACACAUAAGCUGA